AUGCAGGGAGCUUCUAGUGUCAACGAACCAGCCUCGAGCAGUUUUAUGGAGAGCGUUGAAUCCACUCGUGCUAAAGAUCAAAUGAAUUUGACGUUGUUGAUUAAGAAUGAGUUGAGUAAACAGGAUUCCACAAAUUCGACGUUGAAACUGAUCGAUUUGAAUAUAACGUCUAUUUCAGUUACAGAUGUCGAGUUAUUAAAUAGUGUGAACGUAGAGAGGCUAUCUUUGAGGAAGAACAGACUGAUUUCCUUGCCUUCAAAGUUCUGCAAUUCGAAAAGCUUACGAUACUUAGAUUUGAAUGGCAAUAUGUUUAGAGAUAUACCUAGUAUUUUGAUGCAGUGCCCACAAUUAGAGAUUUUGGAUCUCUCUUCUAACAAUAUAGAAACGCUCCCACAUGAUAUUUCCAAAUUAUGGUCAAAAAACUUGAAAGUACUUUCUCUAAAGAAUAAUAAUUUGACGUCAAUAUUUGAUUUUGCACCAAUUGUAAAGUUAGAGAAUUUGAGUAUCCUUGAAAUUGAGGGCAAUCUGAUUCCGAAAGAUGAGUUAGAGCUUGUGAAAAAAUAUACACCAAUGUCAUCAGAUUUAUCGAAAGAGGAAUAUUGGGCAAUCGCUCUACGAAGAUAUUUAAAAGAUAACUUUAUUGAAAACCAUACCAGUCAUUACCAAUAUAACGAAUCAAACCCUUCACAUGGUAAUGUGAACAAAAUUACAAGAGCUGCAAAGAGAAUGGGCUUUAUUAACACCCUAUCGCCUAGUAAUUCUACACUAGUAGAUAAUUCAGAUACACUUACUCCAGCUGCAUCUUCGAAUACAUCUAUAAAUAAUUCGGAUAAUGAUCCAUUAUUUGCAUCUACUCCAACAACAACUAAAUUUUCGGCAUCUUCAACAACUAGUACUUCGAAUGGUAACCAGCUGGCAGAAACUCAUAUAAAUAAAGAAUCUGAUAAUCAAUCUCAUAACGAAUUAUACAAUCAUACGAAAUAUAAUGACUAUUUUAAAAGACUUUCAGUUCUUCAAGAAGAAGUUCCUGUUAAUAAUGAGGUGUCUGUAGGACAUGAUGAAAUAGUGAUGAUGGGUAGAAAAUUAUUAUUCAGUUUCUCUGAAUGUCAACAAAAUGUAAGAAAGAUUACCUCAUUUUGUAAAGAAAAGUCUGUUGCAGUCGAAGUUGUUUCACUUCUAUAUUCUGUAAGGUCAGAGAUUGAUAAUCUGGUAGAAAUAUUAGAAAAAUCAGAAGAGUAUGAUCCAGCCAGCGAUAGGGCUUUAUUAAAACUAUGUUUGAAAAUCAAUGACAUCUUCAAACUAAUAUUCGGAUUACUUUUAAAAAACUUCGACAUUUUUUUUAAGUCUGAUGAUUUAUGUUUUAUUAGAAUGUUCUACAUGACAAUGAUUACAUCUUAUAGUGAAAUUUACAAUGCAUGGUGUUUUAUUUCGCCAGAGAAAUUAAACACACCUAAGAAUAUACCACAUCUGCAUAACUUCCCCCAUGGAAAUCUGAAUAGUAUAUCUACAACGAGCAUUUCUGAUCAGAAUGGCAAAGGUUUAUCCAGGACAAGAAGCAACACUAUACAAGUAAGACUGCCAGCGCUGAAAAAUUCAAUUUCAACUCCCACUAUGCACACUCAACCUACUUCCGCUUCUACUACUGGGUCGCCUGCAGUUCAAUUAAAUGCUUCUAAUUCAGCAUAUCUAUCAUCAUCAGGUGUACUGAAUAGUAAUAGAACACCGGGUACACUAUCGUCUUCAAUGUCUCAGAUAUCUAUGCCAGAGAAACUACCUGAAUACAUCAGUAAACAGUCAUCGCCACACAUAAAAUUAGUUACUGAUGAUGAGAAAGUACCCGAAGGGAACGUGAUAGAAUUUGAAACAACAUCAACCGAUAUAUCUAAUCAGCUCGCAUCUACAGCAUAUACACCUUUAGUGUCAUCCAAACCUAAACCUGGCCCUGCGUCACUGAACAUUUCUACAACUGCUGUAGGUAACCCAACUACAAAUAUGCCUCCCAUUCCACCAACACCAACAGCUGCUAGUCUUAUCGAUACAGAUAUUGAUGCGCAAUUACAUAAAACAUUAUUAACAGUCGUUCGUAUGGUAUCAGUAGUUUACGAUCAAUUGACUGCUGCUAUAUCACAAACUGCACUCGCUGGUUCGCAAGGAUCUCAAGAUAUUACAGAAUCACUGACUAAUAAAAUCCACGAUUUAGCUACAACAUGCCGUCAAUCCAUGGAAUUAUCUAAAGUUUUAAACGCAAGACUAAAUGCUUUAAGUUCUACAGAUAAUUUAAUAUCCCAGAAAUAUUCCAAUAAUAAUGAGAAAUAUAUUACAUGGGAAAACAUUAAUGCAUUUUUAAAAUCUAUUAUUUCUAUUUUAGCCAGCACUAAAGUGGUGAUGGCUGAAAUGCCAAUAUUGAACGAAAUCCGUCCAAAUUUAGCAUCAUUAGCUAAAAUUACAAAAGAUGUUACUGUAAUUCUGGAUUUAAGUACUUACAAAUCAGUAUCUUUAAUGAAUGUUCCUUCAUCGUCACAACCACAGACACAAAUACAGACACAACCUAAUUAA